GGUUGGCCUGGCGCGGGGCGGCGGGGCCCGGUGGCCGGAGGGAGCGGAGCGGAGCGGGUGUUGCUGCGGCGCUCGGUUUGGUCUGGCGGCAUGGUGAAGCUGACGGCAGAGCUGAUUGAGCAGGCGGCCCAGUACACCAACGCCGUCCGCGACAGAGAGCUCGACCUGCGCGGCUAUAAAAUCCCUGUUAUUGAGAACUUGGGUGCCACUCUGGACCAAUUUGAUGCAAUUGAUUUCUCCGACAAUGAGAUUCGUAAGCUGGAUGGGUUCCCUCUGUUGAGAAGAUUGAAAACUCUCCUGAUGAAUAACAAUAGGAUUUGUCGGAUUGGUGAAAACCUUGAACAGGCUCUGCCCAGCCUGACAGAGCUCAUCCUUACCAAUAACAAUAUUGCAGAAUUGGGUGAACUGGAUCCGUUAUCAACUAUUAAGUCGUUGACUUACCUGAGCAUUUUAAGGAAUCCUGUAACAAACAAGAAGCAUUACAGAUUGUAUGUAAUCCACAAAGUUCCCCAGGUCAGAGUGCUGGAUUUUCAGAAAGUGAAACUUAAAGAGCGACAGGAGGCAGAGAAAAUGUUCAAGGGCAAACGGGGUGCACAGCUUGCAAAGGAUAUUGCCAGGAGAACAAAAACCUUCACUCCAGGUGCUGGGCUGCCAACUGACAAAAAGAAAACCGGGCCAUCCCCAGGGGAUGUUGAGGCAAUUAAGACUGCUAUAGCAAAUGCCACAACUUUGGCUGAAGUGGAGAGACUGAAAGGCUUGCUACAGGCUGGUCAGAUUCCUGGCAGAGAAAGAAAAUCAGGUCCCUCGGAGGACGUUGACGAGGAGAUGGAAGAAGACACGGCUCCCAAUGGCUCCUAGGCCCGGGGCACAGCGCUUUUACCCCAGAGCCCAGUCCUGCCCCUGGUCACGGCCAGCCCUACCGCGGGUAGCCGCCCUCCGGCCCCCGGCCCUGCACAUUUCGGCGUUCAAUAAACGGACGUUUCCUUUUUCAA